CGGACAGGGACUAUUGUGAUAUUCUCUUGGCCCUCUCGCAGAGUUUUACCUUCUGUUUUGUUCAAUACCUUGUGGCUGUUUACUCACAACUUUUUUGUGUCUCGUCUGUCGUCAUAGAAGUUAGGAGCAUGCUCCGCGGCCAGACUCUCCGCUGGAGAGCCGCGCUCCAGACACCGCGAUCUCUGAUUCUUCGGCCUCUUUUUGCUCCAGGCGGGUACAAUGUCGGCCCCCGAUCAGUCCUAGAGACUUCACGUCGUUUCCGCUCGCUUCCGCCGUCCCUUCGUACCUUUUCUUCCAGCACCGCUCGAAGGAAAGAGAAGCCCCCACCUGGAGACGAGAAGGAGGAUUCAAACAAAAAAGAGAACAAGGAUAAUGAUGAUGGAACCGAGGAUAAAGAAGUCGAACGCGAUCCUCGUCGCAAGCAAGCAGAUUCGUCUGGGAAGCAUGGUUCUUCUGUAGAUCCAGGAGCUCCGACAUCGGGCUUCGCAAGGCGGAGGGAGAAAGCGGCCGAUAGAGACCAACGUAGCGUCACCGAAGACGCAAAGAGAGAAGCUGAAGCGAAAGGCAAUUCCUCAGACACACCAUCUGCUAUUCCCGUGAGUGAUAGCUCUUCGGAAUCUAAGCCCAGCGGUUCGCAUAACGGCGGCGACGAUGGCGGAAAGAAAGGAAAGAAGAACGACAAAGCUCUGCAAAAGCCGUCAGUACCUGAUGUAUAUCCUCAAGUCAUGGCAAUUCCUAUCGCCAAACGCCCGUUAUUCCCCGGUUUCUACAAGGCCAUUACCAUCCGUGACCCAAAUGUUGCCACAGCGAUCCAAGAGAUGAUGAAACGCGGACAGCCGUAUGUAGGCGCUUUUCUGUUCAAGGAUGAAAACGCAGACGGCGAUGUGAUUGAGAGUACUGACGAUGUUUACGACACCGGUGUCUUCGCUCAAGUCACUGCUGCAUACCCGCUUCGUGGCGAGCAAAGCGGCGUUACGGCCGUCCUUUAUCCCCACCGACGUAUCAAGAUCUCUUCUCUGAUUCCGCCGGGUGAUUCAACGAAAAGUGGGAACUCGGAGGAUAAGACUACAGAGAAGCGUGGUGACGUUGUAGCAAGCUUUGAGGAGAACGCAGCGGAGCUUGUAACGAAGGAUCACUACGAGCCUACCUCUUUCUUACGGAAAUACCCGGUCAGCCUGGUAAAUGUCGAGAACCUAACGGAGGAGCCUUUCGAUAAAAAGAGCGCCAUUAUCCGCGCUGUGACAAGCGAGAUUGUCAAUGUCUGCAAGGAAAUUGCUACUCUCAAUCCCUUGUUCCGCGAUCAAAUAUCUGCUUUCUACACUGACCAAUUCCCUGGAAACCUUAGCGAUGAACCUGCCAAGCUGGCGGAUUUCGCGGCCGCCGUCUCUGGUGGAGAACUGCAUGAGCUUCAGGAGGUCCUUGAGUCAAUGAAUAUUGAGGAGAGACUGCCCAAAGGAUUGGUUGUGCUGAAGAAGGAGCUGAUGAACGCCCAGCUUCAAACGAAGAUUUCGAAGGAUGUGGAAGCCAAGAUUCAGAAGCGUCAGCGGGAGUACUGGCUGAUGGAACAGAUGAAGGGGAUCAAGCGAGAACUGGGAAUUGAGUCUGACGGCAAGGACAAACUCGUCGAGAAGUUCAAGGAGAAGGCAGAGAAGUUAGCAAUGCCUGAAGCUGUGAAGAAGGUGUUUGAUGAGGAACUCAACAAGCUCGCUCACCUUGAGCCGGCUGCGUCCGAAUUCAAUGUCACUCGAAACUAUCUGGACUGGUUGACCCAGAUCCCUUGGGGCCAGAAGAGUGUAGAGAACUUUGGAAUCAGCCAUGCGACGGAUGUCCUGAACGAAGAUCACUACGGUCUGAAGGAUGUCAAAGACCGAAUUCUCGAGUUCAUCGCAGUUGGGAAGCUCCGGGGAACUGUGGAAGGAAAAAUACUCUGUCUUGUUGGCCCUCCUGGUGUUGGUAAGACGAGUAUCGGAAAAUCUAUCGCUCGGGCACUAAACCGGCAGUACUACCGAUUCUCCGUAGGUGGAUUAACUGAUGUCGCGGAGAUUAAAGGACACCGGAGAACCUAUGUUGGUGCUCUUCCUGGGCGUAUCAUUCAAGCUCUCAAGAAGUGCCAAACCGAGAAUCCCCUUAUAUUGAUUGAUGAAGUGGACAAGAUCGGCCGUGGUCAUCAGGGCGACCCGUCGUCCGCACUGCUUGAGCUUCUGGAUCCUGAGCAGAACUCGUCGUUUCUGGAUCACUACAUGGAUGUACCUGUCGACCUUUCGAAAGUUCUGUUUGUUUGCACUGCCAAUGUCACUGACACGAUACCUCGGCCGUUACUAGACCGCAUGGAGCUUAUUGAGCUAUCUGGCUAUGUUGCGGACGAGAAAAUGGCCAUCGCUCAAAAGUAUCUUGCGCCCGCUGCCAGAGAACUAACUGGCCUCAAAAAUGUGGACGUUACUCUUACCGAGGAAGCCAUUGAAGAGCUUAUCAAGUCGUACUGUCGGGAAAGCGGUGUGCGAAACUUGAAGAAGCAGAUUGAAAAAGUGUACCGGAAGGCGGCCUUCAAGAUCGUUUCGGAUCUUGGGGAAGACGUAUUAGCGGAGGACAAGGCUCUCACAGCCGAGGGGAAGGCGGCGCAAGAGGAGUCGGAGAAGGAGACAGGCCCCAUUGAAUCAACGAGCGAACAGGAAAAAGCCACAACUGAAAACCCACGGGUGGCACUCAAUGUACCCGAUAGUGUACACCUCAGUAUUGGUAAGGACAGCUUGACUGAUUACGUUGGCCCGCCUAUCUUCACCACCGACCGCCUGUAUGACACCUUUCCGCCAGGUGUCACCAUGGGUCUGGCUUGGACCAGCAUGGGAGGUGCGGCUCUCUACGUCGAGUCCAUCUUGGAAAAUGCAUUGACACCCGAGUCACAACCUGGUCUUGACAUCACCGGCAAUCUGCAAAACGUGAUGAAGGAGUCAACUCAGAUUGCCUACUCGUUUGUGAAGUCGGUGAUGGCGAAGCAGUUCCCGGAGAAUAGAUUCUUUGAAAAGGCAAAGCUGCACAUGCAUUGCCCUGAGGGUGCUGUCCCUAAGGAUGGUCCAUCCGCUGGUAUCACUAUGGCGACAUCCCUUCUUUCGCUUGCAUUGAACCACCCGCUUGACCCAACGAUCGCGAUGACUGGAGAAUUGACAGUGACCGGAAAAGUGCUGCGCAUUGGAGGACUGCGAGAGAAGACGGUGGCUGCGCGCCGUGCCGGUGCCAAGACGAUUAUCUUCCCAGCCGAUAACAUGUCCGACUGGCUGGAGCUACCUGAGAACAUUAAAUCAGGAAUCGAAGGCCACGCAGUGAGCUGGUACUCUGAAGUGUUUGACAUCCUGUUUGCCGAUCUCGAUAAGCAAGCUGCAAACCGCGUCUGGCAGAAGCAGCUGUCGAAGGAGCCCAAGAAGUCCAACGAUAAGGACGACCACUGAACUUGGAAUCUUGGUCAGCGACUCGACCGAGUCAACAUUUCUUUGGUACCUAGACUUUUGUUGCUGUGAGCCUUGGGAUUAUUGGUUUCUGUGUUUCUGGUCAUGAACGGGCGUUUGUUGCGAAUGCAUGGUUCGGAGUUGCUUCGAUUUCAAACACCUUUUAGACUUGCAGGUUCUCUUGAUUCUUUUUUUUGCUAGAGAGCUGAAGAAAGCUGGAGAACUUGACACACUCCACUCUGGAAAAUGAGGAUUGUAUGAUGAGGCGGCUGUACGAUUGGAUCGGUUCAAUAUCUACAGACAUAUGCAUGUAUAUAUUAAACAAGACUUGCAAAUGCAUUCUCUCAUACAGCA